ACCACACUUCCGCCCAACGACUGCCCAGCGCUCAUGCAACUGCUCCAAUCAGUCCAUAAUGAAUCUUCUGCCCGUGUUCAUAACCGUGUUCAGUGUUCUACUGCUCUAUCACAUUUUCGGUCCCCAACCGGCCGUCCGCGUUACCUUCGAACGGCUCCACCAACUUUCCGGAGCCGAUGUAGCCAACUUCACCAAUCUACGUCUGUUCGGGACCAACGACUCAAUGCAGUUUUUGAACGGAUCCUGGGAACUCCUGCAAGAUUUGGACAACAAUUGGACCCAGUAUGUGCGAUUGUGGUAUCAACCACCCUCAGCAACUGACGGGACAUUCCUUCCAGUCCAGACACCGAAUCGGUCCAUUCGGGUUUGUGACUACCUGAACAGCGAACAGUAUGGUGCGUGGUGGACUCGCAACCGGUACGCUGUGAACUAUCCGGUGCCGCAGCCGGGGCGUUGGAUAUGUCCAUUUCCCAAGGGAGAGUACUAUGUGCGGUGGAUUGUUCUGGAAAAGGGUGUUCUACCGUGGGUUACCAAGCCGGGACUGUACAAGAUGGACUUCUGUUUGGCUAGUAACGGAGUGCUACGGAUGGUUCAUGCGCUGUAUUUCAGAGUACAAUCGACGAACAAUCAGCGUCAACCAAAUGGGAAAUAGAAUGUAGUUGGAGAUUCUAAAUUAACCACAAUUUCCGAUAAUUUAGCACUCGUAUACUGUACAAUAAGGAAUAUUGACAAUAAAACUAAUUUAGCUCUAAUUUAGCACAACUUUUAUACUAUCGUUGUAUUCUGAUCCAUAUACACGAGACGACACUUUUCUAUCUGCUGUGGAUCCCCAAACAGAAAAGUUUGAAACUUUACUUGACGACUAACGCCACCUAGCGGUGAAACCACCAACUAUAUAUGGAAUCAUCAGAUAGGUUUUGACUUCCUGAAGAACUUUGCCGAAGACGACACUUUUCUAUCUGCUCUGGAUCUCGAGAUAGAGAAGUUUGAAACGUUACUUGACGACUAACGCCACCUAGCGGUGAAACCACCAACUAAUGGUUGAAUCAUCAGAUAGCUCUUGACUUCCCGAAGAACUUUGCCGAAGACGACACUUUUUUAUCUGCUCUGGAUUCCAAGAUAGAGAAGUUUGAAACGUUACUUGACAACUAGCAGCACCUAGCGGCGAAGUCACCAAUCAAAUUUUGAAUCACCUGGUAGCUCUUGACUUGCUGAAGAAAUUUGCCGAAGAUGAUACUUUUCUAUCUAUUCUGGAUCCCCAGAUAGAGCAGUUUGAAACUUUACUUGACAGCUAGUGCCGGUGAAAUAACCAACUAAUUUUCGGAUCACCAGAUAGCUCUUGACUUCCUGAAGAACUUUGCCGAAGACGACACUUUUUUUAUCUGCUCUGGAUCCCAAGAUAGAGAAGUUUGAAACGUUACUUGACAACAAGCGCCGCGGUGAAAUUACAAACUAAUUUUUGAAUCACCAGAUAGAUCUUGACUUCCUGAAGAACUUUGCCGAAGACGUCACUUUUCUAUCUGCUGUGGAUCCACAGAUAGUGAAGUUUAAAGCUUUACUUGACAACUAGCACUACCUAGCGACGAAAUCACCAACUAAAUGUGGAUUCACCAGAUAGGUUUUGACUUCCUAAAGAACUUCGCCGAAGACGACGCGUUUCUAUCUGCUCUGGAUCCCGAGAUGGAGAAGUUUGAAACUUUGCUUGACGACUAGCGCCACCUAGCGACGAAAUCACAAACUAAUUGGUAAAUCAUCAGAUUCUUC